AUGUAUGCUGAUGCUACUUCACAGGAUGUGAGCUGUGAGACUGAUGCUUCAUCCCUGGAUGUGAGCUGUGAGACUGAUGCUACUUCCCUGGAUGUGAGCUGUGAGACUGAUGCUACUUCCCUGGAUGUGAGCUGUGAGACUGAUGCUACUUCCCUGGAUAUGAGCUGUGAGACUGAAGCUACUUCCCUGGAUGUGAGCUGUGAGACUGAUGCUACAUCCAUGGAUGUGAGCUGUGAGACAGAUGCUACAUCCCUGGAUGUGAGCUGUGAGACUGAUGCUACAUGUACUUCACUUGAUGUGAGUUGUGAGACUGAUGCUACAUCCCUGGAUGUGAGCUGUGAGACUGAUGCUACAUCCCUGGAUAUGAGCUGUGAGACUGAUGCUAAAUGUACUUCCCUGGAUGUGAGCUGUGAGAAUGAUGCUACUUCCCUGGAUGUGAGCUGUGAGACUGAUGCUACUUCCCUGGGUGUAAGCUGUGAGACUGAUGCUACUUCCCUCGAUGUGAGCUGUGAGACUGAUGCUACUUACCUGGAUGUGAGCUGUGAGACUGAUGCUACUUCCCUGGAUGUGAGCUGUGAGACUGAUGCUACAUCCCUGGAUAUGAGCUGUGAGACUGAUGUUACAUGUACUUCCCUGGAUGUAAGCUGUGAGACUGAUGCUACUUCCCUGGAUGUGAGCUGUGAGACUGCUGCUACUUCCCUGGAUGUGAGCUGUGAGACUGCUGCUACUUCCCUGGAUGUGAGCUGUGAGACUGAUUCUACUUCCCUGGAUGUGAGCUGUGAGACUGAUUCUACUUCCCUGGAUGUGAGCUGUGAGACUGAUGUUGCAUCCCUGGAUGUGAGCUGUGAGACUGAUGCUACUUCCCUGGACGUGAGCUGUGAGACUGAUGCUACUUCCCUGGACGUGAGCUGUGAGACUGAUGCUACAUGUUCUUCCCUGGAUGUGAGCUGUGAGUCUGAUGCUACUUGCCUGGAUGUGAGCUGUGAGACUGAUGCUAAAUCCCUGGAUGUGAGCUGUGAGACCGAUGCUACUUCCCUGGAUGUGAGCUGUGAGACUGAUGUUGCAUCCCUGGAUGUGAGCUGUGAGACUGAUGCUGCUUCCCUGGAUGUGAGCUGUGAGACUGAUGCUACAUGUUCUUCCCUGGAUGUGAGCUGUGAGACUGAUGCUGCUUCCCUGGAUGUGAGCUGUGAGACUGAUGCUCCUUCCCUGGAUGUGAGCUGUGAGACUGAUGCGACUUCCCUGGAUGUGAGCUGUGAGACUGAUGUUGCAUCCCUGGAUGUGAGCUGUGAGACUGAUGCUGCAUCCCUGGAUGUGAGCUGUGAGACUGAUGCUACCUCCCUGGAUGUGAGCUGUGAGACUGAUGCUACAUCCCUGGAUAUGAGCUGUGAGACUGAUGUUACACGUACUUCCCUGGAUGUAAGCUGUGAGACUGAUGCUUCUUCCCUGGAUGUGAGCUGUGAGACUGAUGCUCCUUCCCUGGAUGUGAGCUGUGAGACUGAUGCGACUUCCCUGGAUGUGAGCUGUGAGACUGAUGUUGCAUCCCUGGAUGUGAGCUGUGAGACUGAUGCUGCAUCCCUGGAUGUGAGCUGUGAGACUGAUGCUACAUCCCUGAAAGUGAGCUGUGAGACUGAUGCUACAUGUACUUCCCUGGAUGUGAGCUGUAAGACUGAUGCUACAUCCCUGAACGUGAGCUGUGAGACUGGUGCUACAUCCCUGGAUAUGAACUGUGAGACUGACGCUAAAUGUACUUCCCUGGAUGUAAGCUGUGAGACUGAUGCUUCAUCCCUGGAUGUGAGCUUUGAGACUGAUGCUGCAUCCCUGGAUGUGAGCUGUGAGACUGAUGCUACAUCCCUGGAUGUGAACUGUGAGACUGAUGCUAAAUGUACUUCCCUGGAUGUGAGCUGUGUGACUGAUGAAGUGUUAGAAGAAGAAACAAGAUGUAGAGUGCACUGUUAA